AUGGGUGGUUAAGGGCUCGAACAAAAAGAGGGGCAGGGUCUGUGAGGAGGGUCUGGAUUCAAAUUCUAAGUACUGAGAUGCUCCCAUUGUCAGUGGGGUAUAUAGCAGAGAGAGAGCGAGAGAGAGUGUUGGCACAACAGAGAAGCUGCCUGUUUAUCCAUCAGUGAAGAUCCAAAGGCCAGGAUUUAGAAAUAUCACCAUGGCCUCCUCGCACUGCAUUUGGAUUUCUCUAUUUCUUCUCAUGGGAAUGACAAGUGACACUGGAGUAUUUGGUCGCGCAGUAGACACACAGGGAUUUCUGUCACAGUCGCCGAAAACUGCAGAUGGAUCUUCCGGACCAACUUUACGCACGGGCGUGUUGAGACGGUGGAGGCGCGGGAUCGCUGAGACGCACCGGGAGCGGUGCGCAGAGCUGGCGGCGCCUUGGCUAGAAAACACACAUGUUCCUGAGGAUAAUGCAACGCUACUGCAGCUCCGUGUUCGGCCCCUUUCCCCGGGAGCCUCCCAGGGUCUGGUUUUCCCAGGAAAAUCGCUUUUCAGCUUUGUCCGACGGGUUUACCACUGUUGUCAAGAAGGAGUAAACUGCAGACGCGUAAAAGGAAUUCAAGGGCGCUUGCGAGGAGGCACAGAUGUGGAGUUCCUCCUCAGCAGGGAGAUUUUAUCAUUGGCGGUUAUGAGAGCCGAGCUUCACCUCCACGUUUCCAACCCACAACAUCUGGAUAUCCAUCCUGUGCUUUCAUCUAUGGCAAAGCGCGGCCUUCCUACCAGGUACAGUAUGUGGUCACGGGGCAACACAGCGGAGCUGAGAGUGGAUCUGCUGUCCCUUUUCCAGAGCCUGCAGGAGGCGACAGGUGGGGCCGGAGGGGGUCCCAGCUUGGUGAACAUGCGGCGGGCGGUGUUCUCUUCCAGGGGGUCUCCACCAGGAGAAAAGCCCACUUUUGGGGCUCUGCAGGACACUGCUAGUGAUGUGUGGGGGGAUGGGGUUGCCCUGGAGCUGGGCUUGGUCCUGGGCUGCAGUCGGGCUGGAUCAGGGCUGUCCUGUGGAACUGGCGGUGUUCACCUCGCUCACACACCUUUCAUGGCUCUGUACUACAGAUGAUGUCAAACUGAGACGGGACUCUGUGUGGAAACAUUUCAUCCGGCGAAUCUCUCUUUUCUUCACUGAAAAGACAAAGCUUACAAGGAAAUGAUGCACUUCAAUAUCAAAUCUAUUAAUUUAUAAAAGUUAUUUUGGGUAAAAUAUAUAAUGUAAAUAGUGAAUAUGAUAUACUGUAACUUUAUGGAGUCAUUCUUUGGUUAUUAAAGCGCCAUGUAACAAUG